AAGGAUCAUACCCUAGAUAUAAUUAUUCCAAUAUUUUAUUCCAUAUAUGUGUGGGAUAGGUUUAAAAAUAUCGUAACUGUUGCAUUUCUUUACGGAACGGGUAAUGAGGGCGUGGUAAAUGUAUAUAUAGGACACGAAAUGGAUUAUCUGUCACAAAGCGACACAUCUCUUAAGACAACAUGUUUGUAAAACUGGUAGUAUUGGCUUCAGCGGUGGCCUACGCCUCAGCAGUAUGGAAUGGACCCCUUGCAGGUGGUGUACCAGCUCACCAAUACCCAGCCGGUGUAAGUCCCCAAGCCUGCCCCAAUUUCCCAAACUGCGCCAACCCUGCAGUAGCAGCUAAUCCAAAUGCCCCAGCUCCAAACGCAUGGGCACAACCUCAACCUGCAUGGAACCAAGGAAACCAAUGGAACCAAGGUAACCAAUGGAACCCAGCUCCAGUCCCACAAUGGAACGGAGGUGGUCAGAAUGCUUUGGACAGAGGCGAAUACAUCGGAGAUGGAGAUUACCAUGGUGAAGGGCUUCGUGAAGCUGGUGCUUACGGAAGAGUAGAUGGCCCUGAAACUUGGACUAACCCACAACAAAAUCAGUGGAACCAAGGUGGUCAAUGGAACCCACAACCAGCUGCUCAUGCCAUCCCAGCUCAAAUUCCUGCUGGAGUUGACCCAGGAUCAUGCCCUAACUAUCCUUUCUGUCACUAGAUUAUUGAAAAUCUCCACCACUGCCAUCCUUCUUUAAUAGGAAAUUCCAAAAGUUAGACACCAGUUGACAACACCUCGUGUUUGUUUAGUUUUAUAAUGAUAGUCGAAAAAGAUGUGUUCUGGAUAUUUUGUUGUAAGAUAAAUGUAUAGAAUUUUUUUUUUAUUUUGAAUUAAAAUGAUUUUAUUAAA